AUUUGAAAGCGAGGCGGGGCGGCGCGCGGAGGGGGUUGCGCAGCGCGCGGGGCCGGGGCAGGCUCCUGUUUGGGCAAGAUACUCCACGGGAGCAGUAACCUGGGAAGAAGAGCAGACAGGUCAUCAGGAUGGCUGCUACUUCCCAGUUUGCCAGUAGAUACAAGAAGGAUUUGAGUACAGAAGCCCUCAGGACCAAGCUUGCCCGCAGGAAAUCCAUCCUGCAGAAGGAGAACAGGCACAAGCUCUUCGAAAAGGGCCGGCAGCUGGGGCUGGCAGAUGGCAACGUUCAGCUCUCCAAGGACAGGGGAAUUUCUGAGCUCAAGGAAACCAGGGACUUGUGCUCUCAAGAGACCAGCAAUGGGAAACAGAGGGCAGCCCCGGGUGCAGGCAGCAGGAGGAUGAAGGAGCGCAGGGAGAUGCUGCAGCGCUACAAGGAGGAGAAGGAGCUUCGCAAACUGCAGGAGCAGAGGGAGAGAGCCAAGAAAGGGGUGUUCAAGGUUGGGCUCUACAGACCAGCUGCACCUGGCUUCCUUGCUGCUCAGGAACCUGCAAAGCCAAGAGAGAAGGCAGCUCCUGCUUUCUCUGGAAGGAUUACUCGGUCAAAAGCCAAGCUCCAAGAAGAAAAAACCAUGAUACCAACUGCACCCAAGUCCUCUACGAAUUGCUAUCUACACAUGGAGGUAGUGAAACACAAAACAAUGAGUGCAGCCAAAGGGGCUGAAAAGGAGAAAGUGUUGCAGCCUGCAGCCCAGCCAGCCCCAAGUGGGAGAGUCACCAGAGCAGCUGCUGCUGCAGCCAGGCAGGUGCUGAAACCAACUGCUGCUGCUGCUGGUAACCAGUCACAGAGAAAGGCAGCAAACACAACAGGAAAGCAGAAGAAAGCAGUAAAACCUGAACCCAUAAAGAUCAUUUCUUCUGAACAUGAAGUGGAGACAAAUGCUGCAGUGGAACCAGAGCUGAAAAGUUCUGCUGCUGAUUCCAAGCACUCAAUGCCAGUAGAACUUCAGCAAGAGCAAGGCUCAGUGGAAAACACCAAUUUUUCUCCAAGGAGACCCAGAACACGUUCCUUUGCUCCUCAAAACUUUGUGUUUCAGCCUCUGAGUGGUUUGGCAACCUACACUGUGACACCCAUGUCUCCUUCAAGGGCAAAUGCUUUUUUGACACCCAGUGCUGUCUGGAAUUUUUCAAAAUCUCCAAUCAAAAUAUUUGAAAAAUCCAGUGAAACUAAAAAGUCUAAUUUAAAAAGUCAGCCUUCACCUGCUGUUAAAGGCAUUCAAGAGCAGCAAAUGAGCACAAGUUUGAAAGGAGGAGCAGGUGAAUCAGAUGAGAGCACUUCCACCCAGAGAUCAAACAGCACAACUCCUGUCUCAGCAGCACUUGCAGUGAAGUCAGAUGAUACAAGAGAGCAGGAGCAUGAUGUGCCCUAUUUCAGAAACAUUCUUUGUGCUGAGACAGAGAGGCUGCUGUCCCAGUGCCUGCAGUGGGAAGGAAACCUUGAGCUGGACAUCCCAGAGGAUGCUAAAGACCUGAUUCGCUCCACAGUUGGUCAGACAAGGCUGCUCAUAGGAGAAAGGUUCAAACAGUUUGAAGGACUGGUUGAUAAUUGUGAAUUUAAACGAGGUGAAAAAGAAACAACAUGCACAGACCUGGAUGGAUUUUGGGAUAUGGUCAAUUUUCAGAUUGAAGAUGUGAAUAAAAAAUUUGAUAAUCUGGUGAAGCUCCAAGGCAAUGAGUGGCAGCCACUUGAUGUCCCAAGCAAAGCAGUUGUCAAGAAGAAGGCAGUGCCAGGUGCAGUGCCCAAGGCCAAGCUGGAAGCUGCUGCCAGAGCUGCUGCCCGGAGCCGCCUGGCCACUGUCAAAGCAGCCAUGAGGGACAAAAUGAAGCAGGGGGGAGAUGCUGAGAAGCUGCCAGAGACAGAAAAAGUGGUUUUUGAAGCAGGAUUUUUCAGGAUUGAAAGCCCUGUGAAAAACUUUUCAGGUUUGCUUCCAAGGACCCCUGGGAAACUGGCAAAUCAAAGAUCAUCCAUCAGAUCUCUGCUUGCUUCUCCUCUCUGUAAGCCUGAGGAUGCACCUGCAAAACAAACCCCAUCAGCCCUCAAACUCCACCCAGCCCAGAGUCUGAAAAUGGACCAACCUCCCACUGAACAAACUCCCCCCCUGGAUAAACUCCCUGAAAGUCUUGAACAGAGCAUUUCUGUGGCUGCAGAAGAAACGUGUCUGGCUGCUGGCACAGCAGAGGGAAAUAAGGUCCUGGGAGAUUCUAGCAGAGAAUCAGAAGCAGUGGAUGGCAUGGAAGAGAUGGAGCUGUCUGCUGCAGAGCAGGGACAGGACAUCACCAUGUGCAGCCCAGAGAAGGAGACAAACCCUGCUCAGUCUGGAGAGCCACAGAUCCAUCAGCCAGAUGUUUCCUGCAGUGAUUUGACACUCAUUGACAGAAAUCCUUUUGAUAUGCCACUGCUGGAUUCUGAGCUCCCCUUCACUCCAGUCAAGACCAAAGCCCAGAAGUUUGCAGCAGCUGAAGUUUUCAGUGACCUCAUCGUGUUUUCUCCCGUUGGGCCCUCUGGGGAUCAAUGAAAAGUGACUUUUAUGCAAUAUAUGUAAAUUCUAUGGAGAGGAAGCCCACAGAGGGUAUCUGGAACACAACCUGCUACCCUGAAAUGUGUUGAGAGAGGAAGAGUGGCCAUGGUGGUGGAUCUGAUAAAGGGUUUGUGUCAUUUGAUGGUGCAGCUGUGGUGCACCAAGCUCUGCUGUGCAUCAGUAGUGGGCUGUGUUCUGGUGAUCCCUGCUGUGUCCUCUGGCUGUAAAUUCUCACUGCAACCUGAAGCAUUUUUAUGUUGGUAUCAUUUAAUGUAUGUCCUGUCUCCUCCAGGUUGUAAAACUGUUACCUUUGAGCUUUGCUACCCUGAGCUGACCUCAUUGCUUAUUGUUAUAACAAGGUGCCCACCCCACCAGCUGUGCCCGUGCCCUGUAUCUGCUGGGAUGGCACCUUUGGGGUGGCAGCCAGCCUGUUCCCUGCCCAGAGCACUCUGCCAUGCUCUGGGGGUACCUGUGUGUUAAUGCUGUGUUCACCCCUGCCUCAGCUCUGGCAGGGUUGGAUGCAUGCAGUUCUUUCCUGGGAAAGUUUUCCUGCUGUGUAAGAACCAGUGGAUCUGUAAUAUCAGAAACUAACUCAGAACAAGGAUUUCUAAGUCAGAUAAUACCUUUUCUUGGUGAUGUAUUGAAAUAGGCAUUGAUAUUAUUUCCUUUAAGGAUGCAGUUUUCUAUUCAGUAUCUUAAUAGACCUAUGUUUUCUACUUGUUUUUGACAUGUUUAUGCUCAGUCUCUUCUCUCAUCUUGUUCCUUGUGCAUUCCCCAUCCAGACUGUAACAUAUUUGUGCAUAAGGAACAUGCCAGUUGUGUAGACUGUGGAUUUGAGGAGAAGCAUUACAGCACCACCACUUGUUAUAUUUUUAACAAAUACGUCACUGGGCUUCUUCUACCAGUGACCUGAGUGUAACACACACAUCCUUCCACCAGCCUUGAUCCCAAACCAAGCUGAGAUUUCAGUCCCUCAGCAGAAAGUGUUGCUGCCACUGCCAGGGGUUAAGUUUUAACCUGGAAGCUGUGUACUGAUUACACUGAAUAAAGAGGAAGCUGAUGUG